AUGGCUUCCCUGGCGGCGGGGAUAGUCGAUCCCACCAAAGCCGGCAAAUACCCAGUCGUGCUGAGCGACGCCCUGCUGGGCAAGGACCCCAAAGAAGUCUAUACGGGUGUCAGAUACAAUCACAAGCCAUCUCUAUCCUCGUCCACAGCGCCCCACCAAGCACGAAUAAAACCGGCCUCGUCCUCCAACAAGAGCACUUCUUCGGCAUCCUACGACCUCUCCUUCCAAGACGAUGGCGGCCGCUACGCAUACAACGGGUCGCGCGGCCACGAGGACGGACAGUACGUGCUCAUCUUCGACCCCGAGCGCCAGGUCUUCGUCCUGCACAAGGUCGACUCCACCUUCAACAUGAACCUCGUGCGCACACCGGAGAACAACGACCCCGAGAGCCUGCGCCGCGAAUACCCACAACUGGAGAAGCACAGGGACACUGGGAGCGGUAGCGGACCGAAACCCCCAGCCGCGUCGUCGAAGAGCAAGGCGGCCAAGGGCAGCAGCGGUGCAAGCAAAGAGGCUCCGAAGGCGCGGAAGCCCGCGGCGCCGAAGCAGGACAAGAAGAAGGCGGCAGCAUCAGGCCUGGUCGUGCCCGAGAAGAAAACCGCGCCGCCGAAGCCGAGCCCAGCGCCCAAGGCUACCACCAACAACAACAAUCGCAAGGCGCCCAAGAAGGCCGCAGACUCCGAGGAGGACGAGAGUUCGGACGACGACCUGCUCACGAUCGAAGACCCCGGUGGCGCGGCACCCAGCGCAAAUCGUGACUUCUCGCCCGGCUUCAUGGACAAGCCGCUGCGGCGCUUCUCCGAGUUUGUGCAGCAGCAGAACGAGGAGGAAGACGACGAGGACGCGGAUGGCGAGGACGACGAUGAUGAUGCGUUCGAGCACUUCACGCUGCCGAGCCCCAUCAAUCGCCAGAUGCAGCAGGGGAACAGCAGCGGUAGCGGCGCUAUCGGACUGCACGAAUCGAUGCCGGUCGACGACGCCCGUGACCAAGAGGAUGAGGACGAGGAAAUCGAGAUGGAGGAUGUGGGUGGAGGAUCGGCAGAGGCCGACGAAGCAGGGUUGGAUGAGAUGGAUCUCGAAGCUGCGCUGAUGGCUGAGCUCGGAGAGGGGUCGGAUAAGGAGAGCGAUGUCAGUGAGGAGGAAUAG